AUGAGUCAACAACAGCAUCAGAGAUUCUCGUGGCAAGUGCCACUACAAGAAGAGGCGCCAUCCUAUCAACCGCCCCAGCAACCGCAAAUCAACACCAACGUGCCACAACACAACCGAAUCUUGUCCUACACGCAAACCCCGAUUGAACAUCGUGUGCCCUCCGAUACCUCCUCGCCGAUUGACAUGUACACGCCAAUCGAUCCCCGCCCACAGUCAUACUACCCACACAUUGCACCCAACCAGACACAGGUGUAUACACCCUCGUCACACCCAUACGACGAGAAACCCCCCAUCUCACCCUUAACGCCGCAAGAUGGCACACAAUCGAUACCCUUCUCGCCCGUCUCACCGAUUCCAGACGCGCGAAACGCACCAGCUCAGCAUGCCAAUACAUGGCAGAGCAACCAUGCACGGCAAAUGAGCAACCUGUCACCCAUAAACACAGCUUUGAUGCAUCAACCCAUGCCUACUAUACCACCAACACCAUCGUCACAAACAUCGUCGCCAUUACCGUACAAGGCGCCAAUAACGCCUCUGUCUGCGAGCUCUAAGCGAGACUUCAAUUUGCAACCAGAUCACGCAAACGAACCCUACUCACCACAUGGCUUUUCAACCCAGACAGCCAAUCACCACGCCGUCUUCUCUCCAGAUUCUGCCCACGGUCCCAACGGUCUGGAUUUCACUCUGCAUCAGCCAGGUCAGAUAGCCCACCCGAACAUGGAUCUUUCCAACAAAGGCGCUGCACAUGAGUGGAAACACUCUCUUUGCGCUUGCAGUGGUGAUGUAUCGACAUGUCUGAUAGGGCUUUUCUGUCCGUGCAUCCUCUACGGACGCACAUCCUACCGCCUGUCUCAGAAAAGCAAGAAAGAAGACCCUACAGACAUGCUUAGUCACAAAACGACAAAUAAACACUGUAUGCUGAUGGGCGCAGCGUGUGGAUUAUGGUGGGUAUUUCCGAUGCUGCAACGGACGAGAAUCCGACACAACUACAAACUCGAGGGUAGUAUUGGAGGCGACUGUAUCCGAGGCGCUUGCUGUUGUUGCUGCGUAGCCAUCUCGAAUGAGAAAGAGGUAAAAGAACGGGAAGAGAGUGUCAGGCGCUGGGCGGGGCCGGCUACUGGUGGCUCUGAGGUGUACACGAAGACGAUGGGAAUGGUUUACAAGGCACAGGUUUAG